GAAUAAGUUACUUUAUCUACGACUCUUUAAUAAUAGACGCAUUAUGUACGUAACUAUAGAUACAUAAUACCCCAUAUUAAUCACUAGUGUUUAAUGAAUAUUAAACACUAGUGAAUAAUGGAUUUAUUUCAAAAUGUCCUAAAAUACUGUUCCUUUUUUUCUAGAAAAAUAUAAACGUCAAAACUAUGUAUGUAUUCGUUUUUUACGUGUUAUAUAUUUAACAGUUAGUAUUCUGUGUAGGAUUUAAAAUUUAAAUUUACAAUCUAAACGGAAUUCGUAUUUCGCGAUUGUAGAUUGUAGAUGGCUCUGACGUUGUUUACGUUGCCACCUGCUACUACGGACGCUUAGCCGCCAUUGUGCGUAUUGUUUUGAAUUUUGAUUUCUUGCGAAAAUUUAUUACCGACGAGUGUUUUUAUAAGAGGUUAUCAUCAGUUAUAAUGGAUGAAAACACUGAAAAUCUUCCUGGCACACCUCCCGAAGUGGCAGAAGCAGCUGGUGCUGUUAACCUGUUACCAGAGAAAUCUCAAAAAUUGUACAAAAUAGCGUACAAUCAAUUCAUGAAGUGGAAACAAGAAAAGAAGAUUACCUCAUUUUCCGAACGGGUGAUAUUAGCAUACUUUGCAGACUUAUCAAGUAAAUACAAAAUUUCUACGCUGUGGACUUAUUACUCCAUGCUACGAAGUACUCUCAACAUCAAUCAUAACAUUAAUAUAGAACAGUACCAUAAAUUAAGAGCAUUCUUAAAGCGUCAAGGAGAAAAUUACCAGCCAAAGAAAGCGAAAACGCUUAGUCCUCAACAAAUAACUAAAUUCAUCACUGAAGCCCCUGAUGUAAAAUAUCUAGCAACGAAGGUGGCUUUGAUAAUGGGCAUAAUGGGUGCAUGUAGGACUCAAGAACUGCAUUCAAUGCGAAUUCAAGACAUCAAAGAUUUGAAUUCAGCUUUUUUGGUAACACUGCCCAACACUAAAACAAAGAUUAGAAGAUCUUUCACAGUAACUGAAGAUUACUAUUUAAUAUGCAAAAAGUAUCUUGAUUUACGUCCAGCUGAAGUGCAAUCAGAUGUGUUUUUCCUUAAUUACCAGAAUGGUAAAUGUACUAUGCAGAGAAUAGGUAUCAAUAAAUUUGGUGGUAUGCCGAAAGAAGUUGCAGCAUAUUUGGGGCUCCCAAAUCCAGAAUUAUUUACUGGACACUCUUUUCGUAGAUCCUCGGCUACUUUAUUGGUGGAUGGUGGAGGGGACAUAACCGAUUUAAAACGCCACGGAGGAUGGAAAAGCUCCUCCGUGGCAGAGGGCUACAUAGAUAACAGUGUGAAAUACAAACUAGAAACAUCAAAGAAAAUUUUUAAACAGGUGAAUCCCUCGUCAACACCAUGUACAUCAAUUCGAGCUCCUGUAAUGGCAGAAAACUGUGAAAACAUAGAGGAGUAUGCUGCUGUAAACUGCGAUAAUGUUGUGAUGAAUCCAUCUCCCCCAUGUACAUCAAGUGAAACUAAUUGUGGUUUAAGAGAAACUAGUAAUUUUGUUAAAAAUUCCCAUUCCCUCAGUAGUAAUGUCAGUGUUGACAUGAAAGGCAAGCCAAUACAGAUUUCAAACUGCAGUGGCCAUUUUACAUUUAAUUUUCUUGCUAAGACAAGUAAUAAUAAUAAUUAAUUAC